UGUCUCUGAAGUGUUGUUUUGUUUUUACUAGUCCUCUUUGCGCAAGAGUUCCAGUGGCCAAUUUCGGUGGCCCAUACGGAGUGCCCAGUGUGGAGGUCUUGGCAUCAACAAAAAUGCACAACAUUUCUUUGAACUGUGUCAGGUGUGGUCUCCUGUGCUGGGUCAAAGUGUGCCAAGUCUUCAAUUACCAGAUGAACUGUACCUGGAAUGGAAUUUCUCCUGGCUCUUGUUUGUUUAUUUAUUUAUCUCCACAAGUAUCAAAUUACCGUUAGGAAUAUUUGUGGGAAUGUAUCGGGGAGAGAUCUUUGCAAAGCACUGUAGAUUUUGACUUAUGCAUUUUCCAAAGACGAGUCAUAAAUCAGCAUGUGUUUGACCAGAUGUCUGCCGACAGUAUAUCUUGGCUCCCUUGGCAUGAAAUCAGAGGUUGCCAUUGGAUCCCUCUGAUGGUAAUUAGACUGUUAGUCUGAGUGCAGAUUUCUGGCAGGACACAGGUCCUCUGGCGGAGGAGGGCUGAGUGGACUUACAUCAUCAUCGUCAUCGUCAUCAUCAUCAUCAUCAUUACUGACUCUGUGCUUUCCACUGAGUUGCUGUGUGGAACGGUCAGAUUUAAAGUGAAAAGGCAGAAAAAAGGGGGAGAAAGGAAGUGGGACGCAGCCAGGAUGUCUGGAAGGCUCCGGCCUGUUGUGACUGUACCCAUCAGAAGUGUGGCACAGAAACAAAUGAAGAUAAUUCAUGGGAGGACCUGCAGUGGGCUGUUGACCCUGGUUGAGGGCAGGUGAGUGCAGCUUGACCGCAAGAGGCCCGGGGCUUGUCGAGAGCAAGCAAGAACGAGGGGAGAACGAGAGGGGGAGCGCGUCGCGUGCGUGUGUGUGUGUGUGUCUGCGGCCGCCAGCGAGAGAGGGAGAGAGGGGACUGAACGAUGGGGAACACCGCCACCAAGUUCCGCAAGGCGCUGAUGAGCGGCGACGAGGGCCUGGCGUGGCAGCUGUACGAGAGCAACCCGCAGUUCAAGGAGUCGCUGGACCCCAACGCGUCCUACGGCGAGCCCUACCAGCACAACACGCCGCUGCACUACGCCUCCCGCCACGCCAUGACGCGCCUCAUCAGGUCCUUUCUCUUCUGCAAGGACGGCAACCCCAACAAGCGCAACGUGCACAACGAGACGUCGCUCCACCUGCUGUGCAUGGGCCCCCAGAUCCUGCUGGCCGAGGGGGCCCUGCAGCCGCGGCUCCUGCGUCCGCUCCAGGACGAGCAGCGGCGGGCCGACUGCCUGCAGAUGGCGCUCAAGUGGACCGGCGCCAAGCUGGCCGCCGGCGAGUACGAGCGGGCCGACGUCAACGCCGCCGACAACCGCAAGAGCACGUGCCUGCACUACGCCGCCGCCGGCGGCAUGAAGACCUGCGUGGAGCUGCUGGUGAAGAGUGGCGCCGACCUGUUUGUGGAGAACGAGGAGCGCGAGACGCCGUGCGACUGCGCCGAGCGGCAGCAUCACAAGGAGCUGGCCCUCAGUCUGGAGUCGCAGAUGGUCUUCUCUCAGGACCCCGGCGCCCAGGACAUCGAGGCCGAGUACGCCGCGCUGGACCGCCGGGAGCCGUAUGAAGGGCUGAAGCUGCAGGACCUGCGACGCUUGAAGGACAUGCUGAUCGUGGAGACGGCGGACAUGCUGCAGGCACCGCUCUUCACGGCCGAGGCUUUGCUGCGAGCGCACGACUGGGACAGGGAGAAGCUUCUGGAAGCUUGGAUGUCCAACGCCGAAGACUGCUGCCAGCGCUCGGGGGUCCAGAUGCCCACGCCGCCCCCUAGUGGCUACAACGCCUGGGACACCCUGCCCUCCCCCCGCACCCCACGCACCACCCGCUCCUCCGUCACCUCGCCCGAUGAGAUCAGUCUCUCCCCGGCCGAGGACGGCCUUGCUCUGUGUGGGAUCUGCAUGUGCAGCAUCUCUGUGUUCGAGGACCCGGUGAACAUGCCCUGUGGACACGAGUUCUGCCGAGCAUGCUGGGAAGGGUUUUUGAACCUGAAGAUCCAGGAGGGAGAAGCGCACAACAUCUUCUGCCCAGCCUAUGACUGCUUCCAGCUGGUUCCAGUGGAGGUCAUAGAGAGUGUGGUUUCCAGGGAGAUGGAUAAGCGCUACCUUCAGUUUGAUAUUAAGGCGUUCGUAGAUAAUAACCCUGCCAUCCGCUGGUGCCCCGUGGCCCGCUGCGAGCGGGCGGUGCGCCUCACCAGGCCCAGCCCCGCCUCCGCUGACCCCCUCAGCUUCCCCCUGCUGCGAGCCCCUGCUGUGGAUUGUGGGAAGGGCCACCUCUUCUGCUGGGAGUGUCUGGGUGAGGCCCACGAGCCGUGUGACUGUGAGACGUGGAAGCUGUGGCUGCAGAAAGUCACCGAGAUGAAGCCAGAAGAAUUGGCUGGCGUAAGCGAGGCUUACGAAGACGCUGCCAACUGCCUGUGGUUACUCACCAACUCCAAACCCUGUGCCAACUGCAAGUCGCCCAUCCAGAAAAAUGAAGGCUGCAAUCACAUGCAGUGUGCCAAGUGUAAGUAUGACUUCUGCUGGAUCUGCCUGGAGGAGUGGAAGAAGCACAGCUCCUCCACAGGUGGAUACUACCGCUGCACACGCUAUGAGGUCAUCCAGCAGGUGGAGGAGCAGUCCAAGGAGAUGACUGUGGAGGCAGAGAAGAAGCACAAGAGCUAUCAGGAACUCGAUCGCUUCAUGCACUAUUACACACGCUACAAGAAUCAUGAACACAGUUACCAACUAGAACAGCGACUCCUUAAAACAGCCAAAGAGAAGAUGGAACAACUGAGCCGUGUUUUCAUGGGAAGAGAGGGCUCUCCUCCCGACACUACAUUCAUUGAAGACGGCGUACAGGAACUCCUUAAGACCAGACGCAUUCUCAAGUGCUCUUAUCCAUAUGGUUUCUUUCUAGAACCCAAAAGCACAAAGAAAGAAAUAUUUGAACUUAUGCAGACGGAUCUGGAGAUGGUUACAGAGGAUCUUGCACAGAAAGUCAACAGGCCUUACCUCCGCACCCCUCGCCACAAAAUCAUCAGUGCCGCCUGCCUGGUGCAGCAGAAGAGGCGCGAGUUUCUGGCCUCGGUGGCCCGGGGUGUGGCCCCCAACGACUCGCCAGAGGCCCCACGCAGGAGUUUUGCCGGUGGAACGUGGGACUGGGAGUACCUAGGUUUUGCAUCACCUGAGAUGCUGCGGGAUCCCUCCGUUGUGGGAGGGACCGGACACAGUGAGGGCUAUGAACACGUGGGAGGACAGCCGCAGGAAUACUCCGAGUUCCAGUACAGACGCAGACACCGACAGCGUCGGCGAGGCGACAUGCUGAGUCUCCACAGUCUGCGGAGCAACACACCUGACCCCAACGAAUCCAGUGACAGCACUUUAGAUGGCCUAGAAGGAGGUGGAAGCAGACGACGCCUCAACGUCUCAACAGCACUUGGUUCUCUUGAUGAGGACGACCCCAACAUCCUGCUGGCCAUCCAGUUGUCCCUCCAGGAGUCCGGGCUGAGCACGGACACGGACCCUCAGGACAGCCUGAGCGGCGAGGCCUCGCUGGGGGCCAUCGGCUCGUCGCUGCCCUCGCGCCUGGACCCGGCGCCGCACUCGCUGGACCUCCCGCGCGCCUCCCUCAGCAGCUCGCAGCUCCUGGAGCUGGGCGACAGCCUCAUGCGGCUCGGCGGGCUGACCGACGCGCUCAGGCCCUACGGGGACUCCUCGUCCGCCUCCUCGUCCCUCGCCCCCGGACUCACCACCACCGCCACCACCACCACCACCACCUCCGUCAGCGUCUCGGACCCCUUCUCCCCCGGCGACCCCGACUGUUUGGACCCCUCGGCCAACGCCAACCUGCUGGGCAACAUCAUGGCCUGGUUCCAUGACAUGAACCCGCAGAAAAUUGCACUGAUGCCCACGGACGACGAGUCCGCCGACCCGCUCCCGCUGGACGAGGCUCAGCCCCGGCUCCAGGAGGAGCCCUCCGAGGUGCCCACGCUGCCGCAGCAGCAGCCCAAGGACAUGGAGACGGACACGGGCAAGGAGAAGGAGAAGGAGGAGAAGGAGGAGGAGGAGGGGGAGGAAGAACUGUGGCCGCCCUGCCCAGGCCUGGAGGAGACGGGGGGGCUGGUGCUGCAGAGGCCUGACCUGCUGGAGCUUGGCUGCGUGGAGGGCGAGUGUUUGCCCGGCACCGCCAAGCCGACCAUGGAGGUGGACGUCGCGCUCACGCCGCCAGACACAGAGGGCUCCGUCCCGCCCCAGAAGCAGGAAGAGGAGGAGGAGGAGGAGGAGGAGGUGGUGAUGAAGGAGGUGAAGGAGGAGGAGAAGGAAAAGGAGAUGGGGGAUGGGUGUCGUCAUGACGAUGCCCAACCCACAGAGCUGCCCUCGGAGUGGGAGGAGCAAGUGCACCUUGUGUGAGGACAGACACACACACAAACAAACACACACACACACACACACACACACACGCGCACACACACACACACACACAAACACACACACAUAAGCACUCACUGAUAACUGACACACCUUUACCUAGUCUUGAGGGCUCCUCACACACCCAGACUCUAACAGUCAACACUGCAUUCACAAGAGGAAGGAAAAGAGCACAGUGCCAUGGGGUUCCACUGAAGCCGCUAAAAGUGGACGUCAUGUCCACUGCCUGGUUUAAAAAACAAAAACAAAAAAAAAGGUUGUAACCGAGUGUUGAAAAAAAAAAUAAGAAUGUCAAGGAAUGUUUGGAAGAAGCAGUAAGUUCCUCCUCUUUUAGGCCCUGUGAUGCUGGUCUGAGGUAGUUUCUUUGUUAACCAUAAUUGUAGAGAGAAGGGGGGGGAAAGCCACACCUCCUCUAAGGAGGCGUUUGCUCUUUUUGUUGUUGAUGGCGAUGGGUGAGAGAAGCAGGAUUGCUUAUUUUAAUUGAGAAUGCAUCAAUGAAAUCUUUCAGGUCACUCAAGAGAAGUACUUUGGUCUCCAGACACGAGCGAAAAGAAAAACAAAAAAAUUGCUAAUACUGACUUUAAUUGAAGUGGUCUCAGGCAGCCAUUCAUAAAGCCUUAAUAAACGCUUAACAAGAUGUUAUAACAGUCGCCACAAGUAUGCAGCGCUAACCUACCAUCGGCAUCAGUGUACAAAAGCCAGGCUGAUACACUGUUUCACACUUUAGUGAUUCUUUUUUCCCCCUGCCUUGAAACGGCUUCUGAAGUCCUUUGCUUAGGAGUGGUUGUUCCGUGUCUUAGGCAUUCUUGUAGCGUGUUAUAAAGCCCAAUUCACACCAAAGAUUCCCGUUGUAACGAGACCGAGUUGCAGCGGUGUGAAUUAGAAGUUGCACGGAGUUGCAAGCUGUCGCAAAGCUGUAGCCGUCUGAAAGCAUUCAACAUGUUUAAUCGCAGUUGCACGGUUUCAGAACGUUGCGGCUCGUCUCGUCUCGUCCCUUCGCGAAUCUUUGGUCUGAACCCUACUUAAGAUACUCAACAGUGUUUUCAGACGCUUUAUGAAUGGUUACAGUGGAGCACCUUGAGUUAAAGUACUGCUCGUUUCCUCAUCUUGUGCUCUCCCUUAUGUUGGAUUUUAGUAUUUUACAGAUAUGUUUUUUUUUCUCCAUCACAAAUUGUAUGAUGAUAACAUUGUGAGUGUGUGUGUUUGCGUGGGCGUGUGGUUGGGAAUUGGCGUGUUAGAGGUAUGGGUGAUGUGACUGAAAUAGAAGGAGACUGGUGUGAAUGUGCGCGUGUGUGUGUGCAUGUCAGAGAAAGAGAGAGGUGAUGCACUUGUGUAUGUGUGUAUGUAUGUGUAUGUAUGCGCAUGCUGCUUGAGAGGGUUUAAAUGGGUUACACCCCUCCAGCUUGCUAGGAUGUCACUCCUUCAACAUUUCUGCUACCCCCCCCCCCACCCAACACCCCUCUGUCAUGCAGCCUUGAUAAACGUGUCAUAAGCAUAUCAAAGCAUUUAAAAUCAGACACCUUAAUCCUGUUGGUGCACAUGGGAGGCACCUGGCUGGCUGAAGUAACCUCUUCUUAAGCUAAGCUAAGCUAAGUUUAGGACUUAAGAGAGGCCUGGUGACGGAGAUUGUUUAGUUAAGUGUUAAAGAACUCUCUUUUUAUUGUUUGUUUUUUUAUUUUAUUUUUUUUGCCAAGGCCAGAUUGAAGAAACACUACAAACAGUGCUGCAGGAACAGCGGUUUAUGACACAAAUUGUGCCUAGUUCUUUUUUGCUGAGAGCCAAUCAAACUCUACCCGCACCCAGAUGUCCCCAUUAUUAUCCUGUUUUCCUUUUUAUACUCUUCUCUUUUAUUUUAUUCCGUGCUAACCAAGAUGUGUUGCGCAUAAUAACCCUUGUAACGGUUCCCCCUUCUUAAACCGAAGAGGGUAAAUGCAUACCGACAUGUUUAGUGAAUUUUAUUUCCCCUCUGCCACUCUUUUUCUCUGAUGUACUGUAUUCACCCAUAGUGAACAUGAGGAACCAUGAGGAUGUCUCUGGAGUGUGUGUGGUGGGUUGGGGAACAAAUUUUUGCUGCUCUUCAGACAUGCUUAUAAGGCUGUACCCAUAAGCGUGCCUUUAUUUCUACUGUCCUCAAAAGUAGGCUCCUUAUCGCCUCCUCUAAUAACCUGUCCCGAUAAUGUGGGAAUGAAAUGGACUCGGCCACUUACUGGUGAACGCAGAUACUCAAUUGAGUAUUGAAAACGAUAUUCUCACCCCCCCUCCCCUCUCCUCCCCCUUUCCAUUUUGUCGUCUCACUGUAGCAUAGUAGCAUUUUUUAAUUUUAUUAUUUGUAGGCCAUUGCGUUCACACCUUUUUAUAGCUUUUUGGUUAGAUUGAGCCAACGGAUGGCCCACCACAGACACUCGUUCAUAUAUAGCAACUCUUGUUUUGGUCUGGUUGAUUUUUUACUGCAGAAGCCGGCAUACCGUUAUCUGAUCUAGCGAGGACAUUAAAGAAUAAGUGCUUUUUAAAAGAAGUAGUUUAAUUUAACUUAAUUUAAAAUAAUAUGUAAAAUAUAUAGGUAAUAAUAGACAUUAUACUUUGCUUUUAUUUAUUUACGACAACUGAGUUCCCCUCUCUAUUUGAUUUUUUUUUUUAAGUAAAUAUGUAAUAUUGUCUACAUAUAAUGAUUCACAUAUUGUGAAUUGGCCUUUAAAUUACAAAAAGCUGAAGUUGUGGAUUCAUCAUUUGCUGUUCUGAGAUUGUUUUCCAAAUCAGUGUGUCCUUAAAUGCCUAGAACUGCAGUAGGGACAGUUUUGCACCACGUUUGGAGUGCUCAUCUUAGAGCUGGUAAACUUUUGAGAGUUAUUUUAUUUUAUUUUAUUUUAUCACUCUGUAUCACUGGUUGGAUUUCAGCAGCUGCGUUCAUCCUUCAACCAGAUGUUGUGCCCAGGGAAGGAAAAGAGGGAUUGCAGUAUACUUACCUGCUACUUAAUUUAAAUCAAGAGGCAAUGGCAGUGGCAUAUUUUACAAAUCCAUUAACAUUUUUUCAUCUUUAGGCAAAUCAUUAACCUUGAAUUUGUCAUUUGCACUUUCAUAGACUAUACUUGAUACAUUCCCAGUUUAUAUUAAAGUAAGCAAUUUUUGAUGUGUGGCCAUUAUGUGAAAGUACCAGUAAAGGUUUACUCUAAUGAAAAACCAA